AUGAAAGAAGACAAGACCUGCAAGAAUAGAGAAUGCACCGUGGAGUCGUGCAAAUGUCCUCCUUGCUCGUCAGAGGAAAUGGACAAGUGCAAGUGCUCCGACCCUGACAGAAGCAAGGGCUCAAAGUGUUCCAAGGAGGGGUCCCAUGGUUGCGUAUGCCGGUAUAAAUAA